UUGGGGAGAUUGGGAGUUCCAUCUUUAAUGAUUUUAUCAUUACCUGUGGGGAGAGCCCACAUUCUCUGUGAGCAUGGGACUCAGGCAGCUGCUGAGCAGUGGGACCUGGUGUGAACAUAGGACUUUGGUCCCAUCUCUCCCAUGAGGGCUUAUGAAAAAAACAGAAAAGAUUGCUGCAAACAGAGCUGAGCAGUGGUAGGAGCUCUGUUCACUUGCCCUCAUUCCUUCACGGGGAUGCUGCACUCCCAAAGCCAGUGUAGAAUCGUGGAAUGGCCGAGGUUGGAAGGGACAGAUCUCAGAACCAGAGCCAUGGGGGUUGGAAGGGACCUCUGGGGGUUUCCUGCCCAACGCCCACGAUGACCAUUGGUGCAAUGAGGUCUUUCCAGAGCCUUUUCUUCUCCCUUCCCCGUCCCCCAGCUGUGGGCAGGAUGCGGCACCGCACCAUCCACCUCUUCCGGAAGGGCCUCCGGCUGCACGACAACCCAGCCCUGCUGGCUGCACUGCAGUCCUCCGAGGUCGUCUAUCCCGUCUACAUCCUGGACAGAGCCUUCAUGACAUCUGCCAUGCACAUAGGAGCCCUGCGGUGGCAUUUCCUGCUGCAAUCCCUGGAGGAUUUGCGCAGCAGUUUGUGCCAGCUGGGUUCCUGCUUGCUGGUCAUUCAAGGAGAGUAUGAGUCUGUCGUCAGAGAUCACGUCCAGAAGUGGAACAUCACGCAGGUGACUCUGGAUGAAGAGAUGGAGCCCUUUUACAAGGAGAUGGAGGCCAACAUUCGGGCUCUGGGAGAAGAGCUGGGCUUCGAGGUGCUCUCACUGAUGGGUCACAGCCUCUACAACACACAACGGAUUUUGGAGCUGAAUGGUGGGACUCCCCCGCUGACAUACAAGAGGUUCCUUCACAUCCUGUCCCUGCUUGGGGACCCGGAGACGCCAGUCCGAAACCUCACAGCUGAGGACUUCCAGAGAUGCAGCCCUCCUGAGCUGGGCCUGGCUGAGUGCUACAGGGUCCCUUUGCCCACGGAUCUGAAGAUCCCCCCCGAGAGCAUCUCCCCAUGGAGAGGAGGGGAGAGCGAAGGGCUGCAGCGCCUGGAGCAGCACCUGGCAAACCAGGGCUGGGUGGCCAGUUUCACCAAACCAAAAACAGUCCCGAAUUCACUGCUUCCAAGCACCACCGGCCUGAGCCCCUAUUUCAGCAUGGGCUGCCUGUCAGUCCGCAGCUUCUUUUAUAGGCUGUCAAACAUUUAUGCUCAGGCCAAGCACCACUCCCUGCCCCCCGUGUCGCUCCAAGGGCAGCUGCUGUGGAGGGAGUUCUUCUACACGGUGGCAUCAGCAACACCAAACUUCACCAAAAUGGCUGGGAAUCCCAUCUGCCUCCAGAUCCGUUGGUAUGAGGAUGCUGAGAGGCUCCAUAGAUGGAAAACGGCUCAGACGGGGUUCCCAUGGAUUGAUGCAAUCAUGACCCAGCUGAGGCAGGAGGGCUGGAUCCACCACCUUGCCCGGCACGCUGCCGCCUGCUUCCUGACCCGCGGGGACCUUUGGAUCAGCUGGGAGGAGGGCAUGAAGGUGUUUGAAGAGCUGCUUUUAGAUGCUGACUACAGCAUCAAUGCAGGGAACUGGAUGUGGCUGUCAGCCAGUGCCUUCUUCCACCACUACACACGGAUCUUCUGCCCGGUCCGUUUUGGGAGGCGCACAGACCCGGAGGGGCACUACAUCAGGAAGUACUUACCUAUUCUAAAGAAUUUUCCCUCUAAGUACAUCUACGAGCCCUGGACGGCCUCUGAAGAGGAGCAGAAGCAAGCAGGAUGUAUCAUAGGUCGGGAUUACCCCUUCCCAAUGGUGGACCACAAGGAGGCCAGUGAUCACAACCUGCAGCUGAUGAAGCAGGUCCGAGAGGAGCAGUACAGAACGGCCCAGCUCACCAGAGAUGAUGCAGAUGACCCAAUGGAAAUGAAGCUGAAGCGGGACCACUCUGAGGAAGGCUUAACGAAGAAAAAAGCAGCCAGGAUGACAGAGCAAACCUAGAUCCCAUUGGAGAUUACCCUCUGCGAACAGAAAUGGCAGAAGGGAGAGCAGAGGCCAUCUGAGCAGGAGGAGAUGCACUCUGUGCUUUGCCCCGUGUGUGAACCAACCACCAGCAAAAGCUUUAUAGCUUCCAUGCAUUUGCUACUGCAGUUGUUUUGAAUGAAUUUGUCUGUCUGUUGGUGGCUUAGUAGUCAUUUAUUGCAGCUGUAGGUAAUGUUUCUGUGUUGUUUUUAUUCAAAUCCACUCAAUGUUCAUGCAUCUUCAUAAAUAAUUUUAAUGAUAAAUACCACUCUUUCCAACGUGAAAAAAAAUGUCAGUUUAAGAAUAAAUUUAUAUUAAUGUCUUCACACAUUAGUGUUAAAAGCAGGAUUUGUCUCUCCAGGGUAGACAGGCAAAUUUUAAGGGCAUUGUUGUAUAGUUUCUCAGGGGGGUUAGGGCUGAUGUCCUUCUUGGCUUAUUCCUCUAGAACUGUAGGAUAGGUAUUAUUCCUAUCAUGUACCAAUGUAAAAGUUCCCCCUUCCAUUGAAAUGGCUCCUUCUGAAGUGUCACAAGGUUGAGUAGUCCAUUUUAUUUAUUAUGGUUGGGGUUCUGGCAGGGGUUAGAGAAGAGGAGAGGGUUUUCAUCACCAUGGGUGCUACUUUUGUUUAUAAAAGAAAUAAAAACUGUUUCCGACUUGAAAAAAUGUAAGGUCUGUAGAUUAAUCUGUUGGCACAAUUGGUGUCCAUCUGCCCUCCUUGGAAAGAAGACAACUAUAGCAUCAAUCCCAUAUGCCCAGACUCCUUCGCUCUGAAGGCAUCCAUUGUCCAGUGCAGAAGCAGCCUAUGAGCCACAUGAACUGUGUGUGUUUUUUUUUUUUACAGUAAAUACAAAAGCUGCGAGGACCAUCAGAUAGAUCUGAGAAUGGGCCAUGUCCUCCUGCUGUGCUAAGCCUGAACUGAGCUCCUGGCUGUGCUGGUGCUUCUUGGCAUGCUCCUCUUCAGCACACACAGGGGUUGCCAGGAUGACCUGAGUGAAAGGCUGAGCCCUGGAUGAGGGCAAUGCAGCAAUGCAGAGCUGGGUAUUAAGGCACAGUCAUCUCCUUCGUGUUCUAAAGAGGUCAGCUUUUGCUGUUUCAGUAUCGCAUCUAGCAUUGCUGUGCAAGCAAAGGCUUUGGGUGCUCGUUGGUUAAGGGUGUGCAUGAGGAUGGAGUGGCGUUGUUUCCCAGGAGGAGAGACUGCAGCUGCAGAGGUUCAAAGAAUCUUCGGGACUCCUUUUGUUGAAAGCAGCUGCAAGGUUUGGUCUUUGGUUGGAAGAAUUGAGAUUUGUGUCUGCAAAUAAGCUAUGUAGGAGAAACACCUGAGCAGGAAACUGCAAGAUCAGCAGAACUGGAAGACGUCUGUUUCUUGGUGACAAAGCAGAGAUGAAGAAGUUCCUUCAUUCCCCAUAAGCUCAGCUGGCAGUGAAAGCUCUGCAGUAAAUGCUGCUUGCAAACGGCGAUCCUACUGCAGUAAGAACUUCAACUUUGAAUGGACAAUGACAUUUUAUGAGCCUAUUUGGGCCACUUUUGUCAGAGUAGGGAAUCAUGGGUCAACCUGCCAACACAGGUGGAAGAACGGAGCUCCACCGAGCUGCUCCUCCCAGCACAGCGAGGAGCCCAUCGUGUGCCCUGCAUUUCAUGUCACUGCGACAAUCUGCAGGCAGACAAAGCAAAAUGUCACCGAGUUAGUCUUCACUAAGGCUUUCCUCUUGUGCCAGACAGAGGCACCGCGAAUGGAUUCAGCGCCAGGUUCUGCCGCUCGCUCUGUGCAGAGAACGGAGCGGCGCUGUGCGCCCCGGGUCCGGCAGGGGGCGCUGCAACGGCGCCGUGUGGCCACGAGGGGGCGCCAGGAGCGACUCCUUCCCUCCCUUACU